AUGCAGAAAGUUUGGUUUAUGUUAGCAAUAACGACCUUACCGUUGUCGCCAGGAUUACAAAUCGAUUUCGAAAAUGCGGACCAAAUUUCGGGAUUCGAUGUUAUGGGUCAUACGCUACGUGUUCGUAAGUACAAUCGCACCACAAUCGUACUGAACGGCACAACCACGUUGAAGACGAUCCUCAAUAACAGCUACGUGCUUUCCACCGACAUGUUCCACAGCCCGCUUGGCAAUCAGCAAUUCAAUCACUACCCGAUGAAGCUACCCUCGCAGCGAGUAUGCGAUUUUCUUAACACGCUGCACGAUGAGUACAGUGAGCAUUUGACAAACAUUUACAACCUGCCAGCGCGUGGAACUUGUCCGAUCUACCCGCAAGAUGUUUAUACGAUCAAUAAGGUUUUCCCUGCCGACGCUAUUCCGGUGUUCGUACCGACGGGACUUUGGAAGGCGUUCAUCAUCUUUUCGCUAGAAGAGGAAGAGGUGGCACGGUUCGUGUGGAUAGUGAAGGUUAGCAAUUACAUAUAA